AUUUAUAACUUAGUGAGUCGAUAUUUUUGACAAUAUUUUUGUAAGUUAUUCACAAGAAACUUUUGAAUUCAUCAGAGUAUUUUUUUUUUCUUUUUUUCUUUUUUUUUCACUUUGCAAGCCGGUUUAAACGUAUAACGAGUCUUGCAUCAAUAGAAAACCCUGUGUUUAACAACAAUGAGAAAUCACGACUAUAAUAAAAAAGUAAUUGCUCCUACGUGAUUAAACCACGGUUAUUAUUAAUCAGAAUAUAAAUUGCGUUUUGUUGUGAUCCUAGCGGUUGCCUUGGCAUCUAAAUAUAUAUAUAUAUAUAGAUUAGUAUCAAAACGUAGCUAGCGACCUUGGUUCUACUGUGUAAAUUAAUCUCUAAACUUACCAACAUAGGUAUCGAUUGGUAUCAGCCAUCUAGAUUCACCUAGUAGAAAAGAAAUCAAAGCACACAUCAGGAAGACAAUUUUUUUUAAUUUUCAUGUAGAAGUUUCUAGAUCGAUAAUAUGGGUUCGAUAUUCGUAGCUGUGACGUUGAACGAAGACGGUCUUUGCAUUACAAAUGCGUAUGGUUUUUAAAAUACCAAAGUGGAAAUGCUGUCUGCUUUUAAGAGUUCUCUGGAUUGUGGUCUAGACUCGUGAUUGUCGUGUGAGAACGCGUUUCUAGAAAGGUUACUGAAUAAGUUUCUUUGCGGUGUGUGUUAAACAGCACACUUUGGGCUCAUUGGAAGUCGCUUUUAUCCGUAAUCUCCGUAUUCAACAAUGCCAUUCAGAUGGUCGUAUGAYAACCAGGGGGAAUUAGAUGCAUUAGAAGACAUUUUUAAAGCUCCUGAUUGGAACGAGCCUGCUUUAAAGCCUGCUUUAUCAUGUAUUCUUGCUCCGGCACUUUGUGCUGUGUACGGAGCGACGAAAGAUGGAAUGGUACCAGUAGGRACACAAAGGGAGCUUCAUAGAGAAGCGGAAAAGGAGCUUUCUUGUAUACAAGUUAACAUUGAAUCGGUCGACGAAGAUGAAGGAACAAGAUUUUUCUUCGACGACGAUGACGACGACGAUUUAUUCUACAGCAAUGAGCUCUCUUACUCGUCUCCCUCGUCAUCGCCAUCUUCACCYUCGAACAAAAGUCGUCCUCGCUCACCAGAACUACUAUAUCCCCCAGUCCCUACUCUGACAGCAGUGAAGGAGCGGUUACCAGUGUUUUUUAAUUACAAGUAUAGCUCGAUAUUUGUGUCUGGUUACGAGGCUGAAAGGCAAAGACUCGAGAAAAGAACUUUUGGAAAACAUACAGCGGCGACCUUAGCAGAGCGAAGAUCAUCAUACAGCAAGAAACGACGGGACGAAGACAGAGAAGAGGGAAUUGUUAUUGAGAAUGARAUCGACCUCGCAGUUGAGUCAAAAUUUCUCCAAUUAAAAAUGGCCGAUGAACUUGAAAAACAAGGCACAAAAAGGACAUUACGGAGAGCGAAGCUCUGGAGACGAUGUGCCGCAAUGGCCGAAGUACUCGCAAAGGAACAUGCCGAGGCAUUGCUAUGGAAACAGAAGUUCGAAGAGGCUGCUGGGAUAGCAUUUGGAAACAAGAGAUUUUAUUGAUGAAAAUUUUCAUUGGAAAAAAAGACAUUCUCAGCUUAGUUGUAAAUAUGUUUUAGUACGGCAAGUGUACUGGUCUUAAAUGGUCUGUCACGUGUCGAUUUUAAAAGGUGUUUACCGUUAAUGGCGCCAUGUUUUUGGGGAAGUAAAUCAUGGUGUCGAGAAAAUAUUCAAGAUGGCGGAUGCUUACAUGAAGCAACGAAGGACGAAGUUUUCUUCGCGAAAAUGACUUAAUCCUUUGUCUACUUUGAAAGAACAUUGAAUAGGAUCGAUCUUGCACACUAUACUGUUCUCAAAGACUUGUUAAAGAGGUAAAUAAUGCUCUUUGUCCACAAAAAACGAAAACGAAAACAUGGCUUCUGUUUGUACUUUCAUCAAUCCCAUGAUGCAUGUCGSCGAACGCCAGAUGACGUCAUCAAUAAAUAGGAACAUUAUCGCAUGAUGAAAGUCAUUCAUUGGAUGAAUCUAAAAUCAAGAAAAUUGACUUGAAAACUACAGUGACUAAGGCCAGAACAACACGACCAACAAGCGAAUGACAUGGUUCAACGCUCAACCUAGAACCGGUGUAUUUGUAAAAGACUUGUAAUAUACGAAACAGGAAAAACCGUUUCCAGGAAAUAAUUACCAGAUUUCAUACCGUGGGAGACUAGGGCMUCUUUUUGGCAAGAUAGGAGAUAAUAAUACUUGCUCGAAAGAGUGACCAAAUGAGGAAUAUUAAAUCUCCGAUAAAAUGUCAUGUCAGUCAGAUCAAUAGUGACAAUUUACAAAUUUUUAAAUUCUUAUUAUGCUAAAAUGGAAAAAGUGUAAUACGCCAUACAAUGUAUGCGGGUUCCUUCCGUGACAAGGCACUGUUAUUAAAUUGAUAACGAUUAGGUUAGACUGUAUCAAAUUGAUUAAAUUAUCGACUUUACAACUUCCCUAGCAGUGAUUUUCAUAUCCUGAAAGCUGAUCAUUCCAAAUUAUUUUUCAAUGUUUUAUCUCCUGAUUAUGCCUAUAAAACGGCUUAUGGUCAGUCUUUCAUGAAAUGAAAUAGGGUAAUUUAGUAAAUAAGAUGACAUAGUUUCGACAAGUUUAUCCAAAAGACUCGAAAUAAUAGGCAAUGCGCGGAUACACCAUUUGUAUAGCAAAAAAGUAAUAAAAGAGAUUUAAGUCCUCGCUCUGCACAUUGCCUAUUAAACGAUUUUGUAACAAUUUUGAAGUUAAUAAACAGUUGUUGAUUACGAAA